AUAAACCAAACUUAUCCCUAUACUAAAAUUAAACCAAAAUUUUAAUACCAACUACAGCCUCUUUGUUUAUCCUAGAGGUCCCAAUCGGCUUCAUCAUUUCCUGUUCUUACUUAGUUAAUGAAAUAAAAAAAUAUCCAUAUUUAUUAAACGUCUUCCCCAUGACGUUAAACUCGAAUGCGGAAGCAUGUGAAUUCCGGUUAUAAAUGUGUAAAAAAAGAUGACACGACCAUUACGGAUACGAAGUGAAGAACUAAACAGCCUUCGAGUGAUCCUUUCAGCAUCGAUAUUCGGAUUAUUAAUUAUACGCAGUUUUACAUAUUCCAAUAUCUUUCCGCCUCUUAAGAAAGACGCAAAGAUGCUCGAGCCUACUAACGGCGUGACAACCGCGACCGCUUAACGUCGCCAUCUCUUUAUCUAUCCUAAUAAAAUCGUAUUUUGCUACAAUUUUGUAUCCUGAUACCGUUUAUAUCCCAUCAACCCGAAGAAGUCAUGAACACCCAAACACGUUAUGCUCUUCUGCUCCUCGUCGCCAUUGCUGUUCUGAUCUUGUCCACAUCUGCAGGCGCCAAUCAAAUUGGUGUUUGUAUAAGAAAUUGUGCUCAGUGCAAGAAAAUGUUCGGAUCCUAUUUUGAGGGACAACUUUGUGCCGACACCUGUGUCAAGUUUAAGGGUAAAAUCAUUCCUGAUUGCGAGGAUGCCAGUUCCAUUGCUCCCUUUAUCACUAAAUUGGCAGACGAUUAAGCGGUUCCUACGGAAGGGCUCUGUUGGAAUUUUCUGACAUAUUCUCAUUAUCGCGAUCGUACGUUAUUGCUUGUCUUUUACGGUUUUACUUUUACUUGGCGCUGAUGGAUAUUACGUAGAUUUACGGAAUGGUUUUGAAACCGAAUGUGUAUGUGCAUUAAAUAUUUGUCUAUCGUCGCUUACCAACAUGAUGGAUCAAACAAACUGACGUUACUGCCAACACUGUUUAUAGAAAUGUAUGGAAAGAUGUGAUGGUUUCCUAAUGUAUUUAUUCGGCAAUUAUUCACGUUGCCGCACUGUAUUUCAAUGCUUCGAAUCUAGUCAAAAAUAUUGAGAUAUUAUAUAGAAUAAGUCUAUCAUUUGCCAUUGCAGUUAUCAUUUCAAUGAAAUAUAACUCGCCGACGUUAACAUAUUUAUAUAUUAUUUAAUGUCUGUACUUAGAAAGAGUAUGUUACAAAAAGAGAAACAUACACCUGGCUACAUGUACAAACAAUUAAAGACAUAAUUAUUCACUCAAAA